UAAUAUUGUCGGGAUCCACCUGUCAUUGCUGCCAGGCAAGCAGGUCCCUUCGCCCCCAAAUUUCAAGCCUGUCUCCUCUUGCCCCCUUCACCUGCUCUGGGGCCGGGGCCAGGGCCACCACUGCUGCUGCACCAGGCGCCCGGGGAGGUGCUGCCCACUCCUGCUCAGGAUGUCCGGAAAGCCCAAGGUGUAUCAAGGUGUUAGAGUAAAGAUUACAGUUAAGGAGUUACUGCAGCAGAGAAGAGCACGACAAGCAGCAAGCAGUGCAGCAGUUUCCUGGGGCAGCAGCAGCAUCCAGUUUCCAGAGUCUGUGUCUCCACCUCACCCAGGACCUUUUGAUGCAGAACCCAUCUCUUCUGUUCCCAACUAUUGUCCAUCAUGGCAGUUUUCGAAUUGCCUCUCCUGUGAAGAAAGCCCUAGCUAUUUGGAACAACUGGUAGAUUCCUGUCUUCAGACAGAUGCACCCUCAGACCCAGCCUUCAGUGGUUUCCAGACGUCCUCACACUACACCUCAGAUGCCUUCCAGCCAGUCUCACACUGCUUUAACCAGGGCCUGGCUGCUGGAUCCCCCAGUUCGGCUGAUCUGUCCAGCCCAUUGAACUAUAGCUGCUCUCCUCCUCAGCUGUCUCCUUUCACGCCACUGACCCACAGCCCACCCUCUGCUCUGGACUCCGAGACUUACAGCUACCCUGCGGAGGAAUGGUCCUGCCAUACCCCCUCCGCAUACACCACCUCUGCCUGCUGCUGCACUGCCUAUGGCUCCCAGCAUGGGGACAACAGGGUCCCGCAGUACUUCCCCUGCUCCAGCACGGACUGCAUGGACUACCUACCACCCAUGGCCAUGGCCGAUGACUUCUUCAGAAGGGAUAGGAACUGUGACAUCUGCUAUAGCUAAUGGGGACUGUGGUUUUACACAUCCACUGUAUCCAAAUCAGAUUAAUUGCCCAUGAACUAUGCAAAGCUGUGCUGCCUAACACAGUUCAGUUUAUUCUUCACUACUCACACAUUUUCUACAUGACACUGGCACUACAUUAAUCCUCCUGUCUCGUAUGGUCAGGGGUAUCGGGGUGUUUUGUUGUGGUGGUGGUGGUUUGGGGUUCUUUUGCUGCCUUACCAAACACAUGUAAU